AAAUAUGGCGUCGUGGUUGGGAGGAAGAAGCGGCUGGUUUUAUUUAUGUUAGCGUUACAAUUUGUGUAGAUUUAGUCAGAUUAAAUAAACAGCUAAUGACUUUUGGAUAAUAUUUAUAACUUAUCACGGUGUCAGAAUUCAGGAUGGACCCCGCCCUGGUGAGGGAGCGUGAGCUUUUUAAGAAGAGGGCCCUGAGCACCCCGGCCGUCGAGAAGAGACCGGCGCCCUCCGUAACCUCCGGCUCCUCCUCCAAGAAGAAGAAGAGCAAACCCGACAAGGACUCGUCCUCCUCCUCGUCUAAAAACGCAGAUGCUGGAUCCUUCAACCUCAAAGCUCUGUCCGGGAGCUCGGGGUACAAGUUCGGGGUCCUGGCCAGGAUCGUCAACUACAUGAAGACGAGGCAUCAGAGGGGCGACACCCACCCCCUCAGCCUGGACGAGAUUUUGGACGAGACCAAGCUGCUGGACAUCGGCAUGAAGCAGAAGCAGUGGCUCACGUCCGAGGCUCUGACCAGUAACCCCAAGAUCGAGGUACGAGACGGGAAUUACGCCUUCAAACCCAAAUACAACCUGAAGGACAAGAAAGCGCUGCUCCACCUGCUGGACAAGCACGACACGCUGGGGCUGGGGGGGGUGCUGCUGGACGACGUGGAGGAGGGGCUGCCCAACUCCGCCAAGGCCAUCAAGGCUCUGGGUGAUAAGAUCCUGUUCGUGACCCGGCCGGACAAGAAGAAGAUCCUCUUCUACAACGACAAGCACUGCCACUUCCAAGUGGACGAAGAGUUCCAGAAGCUGUGGCGCAGCGUUCCCGUGGACUCCAUAGACGAGGAGAAGAUCGAGGAGUACCUGAAGAGACAGGGCAUCUCAUCCAUGCAGGAUACGGGACCAAAGAGGAUGACGCCCGUCCAGAGGAGAAAGAAGCCCAACAUGCAGAAGAAGAGACGCUUCAAGACUCACAACGACCAUCUGAACGGAGUCCUGGAGGACUACUCGGACGCCCCCGCCAAGAAGUGAUCCAGGAUUAGAGACAAAAAUACUGAUGCUUGAACUGACUGUAAAUAUUUGCUUUUAUUUUUGUGCCACUGUUCUGGUGGACGUUGAUGGUGUUUUUUUUUUUUUAAUAAAUACAAUAUGAGCGGAUUAUCAAA